AUGUAUAUUCACUCUUUCUCUCUCUCUCUCAUGUUUAUGUUCAACAUGAUGGAAAUCACAUUUUCCAUGAUUGUGCUGUCCUUUAUAACCAUUGUGGUACUCAGAUCAGCAUGGAGAGCGCUGAGAUGGGUGUGGCUGAAGCCAAAGAAGCUGGAGAGGCAUCUGAGAGAGCAAGGUUUUGAUGGCAACUCUUACCGGAUUUUGUUUGGAGACUUGAAGGAGAGCUCUCGGGUGAUAAAGGAAGCCACAUCUAUGCCAAUGAAUUUCACCCAUGACAUAGCACCACGCGCCUUUCCCUUCUUCCAUCAAAGUUUGAAGAGUUAUGGUAAGAACUUCUUUAUAUGGAUUGGCACGACACCAGUGGUGAGCAUUAUGAACCCAGGACAAUUAAAAGAUAUACUCUCCAAGAACUACAGCUUUCGAAAACAAGAUGCAAAUCCACUUGCAAAAUUGCUGGUAACCGGACUUGCAAGUUAUGAUGCUGAGAAAUGGGCUAAACAUAGAAGGAUUAUCAAUCCAGCAUUCCAUCAAGAGAAGUUGAAGAAUGUGUUACCAGGAUUUCAUCAGAGUUGCAACGACAUGAUUAGCAAAUGGGGAAGUUUGGUCAGUAAAGAGUCUGGAUUGGUGGAGUUGGACGUAUGGUCUUAUCUACAAAACUUGUCAAGUGACUUGAUUUCGCGCGCAGCAUUCGGGAGUAGCUAUGAAGAAGGGAGAAUGAUUUUCGAACUCCUAAGAGAGCUCGCAGAGCUUGCAAUCAAAUCAGUUCGGUCUAUUUACAUUCCAGGAGGGAGGUUUCUGCCAACAAAGAUGAACAAGAGGAUGAAGGAAAUUGAUAGACAAAUACAAGCAUCACUCAAAGGCAUUAUCAGAAAAAGAGAGAACGCAACAAAAGUAGGGGGAGCUAUAAAUGAUGACUUACUAGGUAUACUUAUGGAGUCAAACUCGAAAGAAAUUCAAGAAAACGACAACAAUAUUAAGAACAUCAGAAUGAGUCUUAAGGACGUAAUAGAGGAAUGCAAGCUAUUUUACCUUGCCGGGCAAGAGACCACCUCGGCUUUGCUCGUUUGGACAAUGGUUCUGCUGAGUAAGUAUCCAAAUUGGCAAGCACGUGCAAGAGAAGAAGUUUUACAAGUUUUUGGCAAAGAGAAACCAGACUUUGAUGGAUUAAAUCAUCUAAAAGUUGUGACCAUGAUAUUGUAUGAGGUUCUAAGACUUUACCCACCUGCAGUUGCUUUGAGUCGAGUUGUUCAUGAGGAUACAAAACUAGGAAGUUUGUCUUUACCAGCCGGAGUUCAAGUCUCCUUACCGAUAAUCCUCAUCCAUCAUGAUCGUGAACUCUGGGGAGAUGAUGCAGAUGAGUUCAAACCAGAGAGGUUCUCUGAUGGAGUUUUGAAGGCCACAAGGGGCCAAGUUUCCUUUUUUCCAUUCGGAUGGGGACCUCGGAUAUGCAUUGGACAAAACUUUGCUAUGAUUGAAGCUAAAAUGGCUCUCUCAAUCAUUCUACAACGCUUCUAUUUCGAGCUUUCCCCCUCCUAUACUCAUGCUCCUUUCACUCUUAUUACUCUUCAACCACAAUAUGGCGCUCAUAUCAUUCUGCAUUCUGUAAAAUAGAUCAAUAUAUGUAUUGUUGUACAACAAGGUUUAAGUUCAUCAUUUAUAUUGUUAUAUUGAUCAGGAUCUUUUCUUAAAUUAAAUGUCAUAUGUUUUAAUUA